GCCCCGGUAUGUAGUCUGCCAUCGUUGUUCCCGUCUCGCCUGUCAGACCCGUCACGGCCUUGGUGACAAAUAGACAAACAGCUCACCUCGGCUCCGACUUCAGUAGCCAUACAUCUUUAUGUAACUGCAGAAGACCGGUCACCUGGUCCAUACCUGUAUAACUCUGGAAUACGCAUACCUGUACGAUUGGAAUAGUGUACCAUCAACAUUUUACCACAGGAACGACAAUCUGGGAACUACUAGUACAGCUAUAUGCAAUUCUAACGAAGUUGGAUUAGUUUUUAUGUUUUAAUUCAAUACGUGAUUGUCUUAAGAGUUACAUCUCACAGGUGUGCUGUGUCGCGCGCUCAGGUAUCUACAAUUUGGGCGAGGUAACAUGUUUUGGUGAGGACACGGAUAUUGUACCGGGGACACUAUAGGAUGAAGGCCUCUAGCCUGCUCAUUCUCUUCUGGAUCUCACUAACAAAAGCAUGUGAGCUGCCCUGUGAAGAGUUUCAGUGUGCCAAUUGUCGCUGUAUCCCGCAUUCCUGGACAUGUGACCAUAACAAUGACUGUGGGGACCACUCGGACGAGUUCUCUAAUUGUACAUACAAGGCGUGCUCCAGCAAUCAGUUUACCUGUGAUAAUAAGAAGUGUGUCGACCAGGAGUGGGUAUGUGACAGAAACAAUGACUGUGGUGACAACUCAGACGAGAAUGGAUGUGAAUCCUACACGUGUAAUACUAAAGAAUGGGCAUGUCCCUCAUCAGGACUCUGUCUCCCUGUCUCCAAAGUCUGUGAUAAAACGGAGGACUGUCCAGACGGCGAUGAUGAAGCCAAAACCUGUAGUUUUUAUCAAUGCGCCAGUCUAUCAUGUGAUCAUGCCUGCCAUGCCACACCAAAAGGGGGCGCUUGUUUCUGCCAAACAGGGUACCGCCUGGACCCGACCGACAAUCGCACAUGUAUAGAUUUUAACGAGUGUGAACAUUGGGGAUUCUGUGACCAGAAGUGCGUUAAUUCCUUGGGGUCGUAUCAGUGCAGUUGUUUCCAUGGUUACACACUACAGAACAACCGAGCGUGUGUCACCACCGAAGCUGCUACCUCUCGACCAGUAUUUGUUGGUCUCGAAGAUCGUAUCAUACGAAUGAGUACCAAGGGAGAAAAUCAAACGACUGUUGUGCUGGGUGAAAUUGAAGAUUUAGAACUGGAUGUUCGGCGAAAUCUGAUCUUCUGGAUAGACAGCAAAGCUAGCAAGGUGUAUCAGGCUAGCCUACAGCGCCCCCAGGAGAACAAGACUCUACCCUUCAAUGAGUUGUAUCGGCCAUACAGCCUCGCGUACGACUGGAUCACACAGAAUCUUUACCUUGUUGAUCAACUUGCUCGAGUCAUUAACGUCUUCUCCACGAAAACUGGUUACCAGACCAACGUGGUGGGUAACAACCUUCAAGACCCCCGGGCCGUAGCUCUGGACCCUACACAAGGAAUAAUGUUUUUCUCCGACUAUGGUCGCUACCCUCGACAUGAGGCACGUAUAGAGCGAGCCUUCAUGGACGGCAGCAGUCGGAUGAAAUUGAAACUAAUGAAGGUUGUGGCACCCUCCAGUAUUACCGUGGACAUUGUAAACAAACGCAUCUUCUGGACAGAUUAUCGCCUUGACUACAUAGAAUCUACAGAUUACUACGGAAAACACAGAUUUAACAUCCUAUCAGGAGGGCUACGUAUCCCUGCGCCACUGACUGUCACAUUGUUGGAGGACCAGCUACUCUGGGCGGAUUCCACGCGAACAGGUGUGCUUCGUGUCAGCAAGUUUGGGACAGAUGCUCCGAAGCAGAUUUACAUCAACAAACUCAUCAAGAUGAAGACGGUGAAGGUUUUACAGCGAUAUCCCGAUGUCAUCAUUAACAAGCGAGCUAGUCCGUGUCACGCUGCCAAGUGUCAACAUUUCUGUGUGCUCAGUCAUGUCAACGACAACAAUGGCCUUGGAUACAGGUGUCUAUGCGACGUAGGAUUUCACCUGGCAGAAAAUCAGGUCAACUGUACCGAGACAAAAUCUAUUUUAAUGUUUGCGGCCAAAUAUUCCCUGCGGGGGAUCCCCAUCACUGACACCAACUACAAGAUCGAUGCUAUCCCACAAGUCUUUGCGAAAAACUCAGGUCGGCAAGGUGUGAACUACGUAGCCCUCGACUAUGAUGCAGAAGACGAGAAGAUCUACUUCAGUGACAUAAGAAACUAUGCUAUAAUGCAUGCCAAGGUCAACAGUACAGAAAAGCCGAUUUCGCUGACGGUACAGGAUGUGCGGUCUGUGGAGGGACUGAGUGUUGAUUGGAUAUCCCGUAACCUCUACUACACAGACUUCUACCGUAGCACAGUGUCUGUACUUCGGCUUCAUCAUCCCAAGGAAACACGGGUCUUACUAUCGGGCAUGGGCAAGCCUCGCUCUGUCGUCGUACAUCCACUGAAAGGUUGGCUGUUUUUCUCCGACUGGAUGAAGAGUUCUAUGCAGAGUCCAUACCUGGCACGGACCUACGGUGAUGGAAAGAAUAUGACAAAGAUUCGACAGUUUGAGCUCGGCUGGCCCAAUGGUCUUAGUAUCGACUUCGACACAGAUCGGCUAUUCUGGGUAGAUGCAUACUUUGACAGGAUCCAACAUUCUGACCUUGACGGCGGCGACGUGAAGACGUUGGUUGGUGUUAACAUCGCACAUCCGUUUGGUAUCGUGGCGUAUAAAGAUCAUAUUUACUUUUCUGACUGGAAGCUUGAAUCUCUGAUCCGGACGGACUACGAGGGGCGCCACCAGACAACACUGCGCAGCGGUAUUGAGUUUCUCCGAGACAUCACUAUUUAUGAUAAAAGCAUACAACGUAAACCAGAGAAUCAUCCGUGUCAGAACCGCAAUGGGGAUUGUUCCCACUUUUGCUUUCCUGUACCGUAUUCCAGAGACUCGGGAGCUCUGGGAAGGGUCUGUGGUUGUCCAUUUGGGAAAAAAAUUGCUGAGAGCCAGCGAGAUUGUGUUAGCAAUCCGAGUGAGAAAAGGACUAUUGAAUGUUUGCAAGGAAACUUCCAAUGUAAGAAUGGGAGAUGUAUUCCGCAGGCGUUCAGGUGUGACCAAGACAACGACUGUCUUGACUUCUCAGACGAGCACGAUUGUGACAAGAGGACGACGUGUCCUCCUCACCAGUUCCACUGUAAGAACGGGAAGUGUAUCGGCAAACUCUGGCAUUGUGAUGGUGACGACGACUGCGGAGACAUGUCAGACGAAAAGAAUUGUCCUGUGAAGAAGUGUCGAAAGAACCAGUUCCAGUGCAAUAAUACAUUGUGUAUCCACUACCGCUUCAAGUGUGACACAGACAAUGACUGUGGGGACGGGUCAGACGAGGGAAGCUUCUGUGAGACCCACACGUGUGCUCUGGACUACUACCAAUGUGGAGACAAGCGUUGUAUUCCUGACAGUAAACUAUGUGAUGGAUCCCGAGACUGUUUUGACGCGUCGGAUGAGCAGGAUUGUCCGCCCCUGAAUUGUACGGAAGGGAAGUGGACCUGUAAGACGGAGCGUCAGUGUAUUCCAGAGCGGUAUCAUUGUGAUGGUGCGCCUGAUUGUCGUGACAGCAGUGACGAGGUUGACUGUCCGUCUCGAGAGGAUGGCUGUCUAAAGGAGGAGUUUAACUGUACACAGGGAGGCUGUAUCCCCCUCACAUGGAAAUGUGACGGCCAACCAGACUGCCCUGACGGCUCAGACGAACCAGAUGACUGUCCCACCCCUACCUGUUCUUAUGAGCGCUUCCGGUGUAAAAAUGGACGCUGUAUUGCCAAGUCCUGGAUGUGUGACGGAGAUGACGAUUGUGGUGACAAUAGUGAUGAGGACCAGAACCUCAACUGUCCGCCCCCACCGUUCCGAUGUCCCUCCCACCAGUGGCAAUGUCCGGGAGAGUUCCGCGUCUGUGUCAACACGUCAGUUGUGUGUGACGGUAACGAGGACUGCCCUGGUGGCCACGAUGAGAGUUCCAUCUGUAACAGUGAUGAAUGUAAAACAGACAAUGGCGGCUGCAGCUUCAUGUGUCUCCAGACCCCUCGCGGGGCCGAGUGUAUGUGUCCUCCCGGUCAUCGACUCCAAGGGCCAAAGCUGUGUGUCGAUUGGGAUGAGUGUGAGGUGGCCGGUACGUGUAGUCAGCAGUGUAUUAACACCAAGGGAUCUUAUAAGUGUGUAUGUGGGGAAGGCUACACAUUGGUUGACCACCACAAGUGUGCUGCUAACAGGAGUAAGUCUAAACCUCUUCUCAAUCCCAAUCUCCUC